AUGUCUCUGUUCAGCAAAUUUACAUCUCUGUUUCAUUCAAAUUCAGCUGUUAAUAUUCAUUAAAGUGAAUAGAACAAGUUUUAAGAAAUUCUAAACUCGAUUAUGGGUCCUUAUGUUCAAUUUGAUUUAAAAUAGAUGACAAAAAUGAUGGCACAAUACCUGACCAAAAAUGAUAGUAAUAGAUUGUCAAAUACAAUUAGGUUAUAUUGACAUUCUCUUUAAUUAUAUUUAAGAGUACAAGCCAAUUGCAGGAAGCACAGCUUUAAUUCAAUUAUUAUCUGUUAUCCACUAAAUGUUCCAUUGUACAGAUAUCACUUAAGAGAUAUCAAUAAAACUCAAAGAUUGUCGUAUAAAAAAAAUAGAACAACAAGAUUAAGAUAAUCUAGUUACAGAACCUGACUUGAUGACUCGUAUGAAGAACGAAUAAUUUUAUACAGAGAUGAACGUUAGCGAGGAUCUAAGCAUUUCAUAAUUUACUUAUGCAUAUUUUAGUUAUCUAUAACGUCUAGCCGCUAAUAUCGAUCUUUAUAGGGCAGCUUGUCGUAAUUCAUAUCCUUAUCUAAGUGAUAAAGAUCACGUUGAGCCUAAGUUAAUGUUCUUAUGGCAUUAUAAAAUGCAAAAUCUUAUUAAUACUGCAGCAAUUCUUUUAAAAUCUGAAAUGAAUAUCUCUGAAAUAUAAAAAUACAUUUACUUUGAUGUAUGGAGAUUCUAGAGUUUCAUAUGUUUUGAAGUGGAAAAGAUAAUAGAUAAAUAUGUAACUCUACCUAAUUCUGAUGCUCUUAGUUUAUAUGAAAUCUAUUGUGAAUCUAAAAGACACUAUGAAUAACUUAUGAAGUUUAAGGAUACAACAAAAAGACUGAAACGUAAUCUAAAUUUAAAUUUUUAGUUUAAACUCCAAUUUAAUGUUAAAUAGACAAUAAUGAAUUAUAAGAGUUCCUUAAUUUUAUUUCUAAAUUAAAAGUUCUCAAUUAGAUGGCAUUCAAAAAAUCUCUGAAGGUUCCAAAUAAAUAAAAUCCUUGUAUGGGAAUUCCUUAAAAACAUCCUCAAGUUUAAAUUUAUUUAUAUUUUAGUUACUUCAUUUAAGAUCUUCCUCAGGGAAAAAUAGAAAUGAUCAAGAAAGAUUGAAUAGUGAGGAAAGUAUGGAAGAAAAAGAUAAAGUUAUUGAUAUGAGUGAAACAAAGAAAAAAAUGAAAAAAAUACAUAUACGUGGUUAGAGUACAUUCUAAUUAAAUUGA